GCCGAUAACCAUUGAAACUCUGAAGCUCGAUGCUGCAAAAGGCGUAGUUCAAGACACGAGAGCUUUGAAGGUUUGGUGCGGAUUAAUGACUGGCUCAGAUAAGGGGGACCGAAUAGCAGCGCAUGUACAGGAACGCUUGUGUGAGGCACAGAACUUUGGGCCCGCUGCUGCGUCGCACAAGGAACCAAGGGGACCAGGCCGCGGGAGUGAGAGAGACAUUGAGGCAAUGAUUUGGAGCAACAAAAAACGCGUCGAAAUGAUUUUGCAUUUAGAGAGAUUCUGAGCGUACCCAGAGCGUUUCGCAGUCACUUGUUUGAAGUGAGUUAGUUUUGUUACCUUGUCAAGUGCAGUGUCGAUUUAUACACACCUUUGGCAAGCAAUUUCACAACAACACUUGGAAGAAUGACCAGUUCACUUUUAUUGCUGACUGAGGGGUGUGUACUGAGAUGAUUAUAAAGUUAGUUCUCAUGAGACAAAAAUCUGCCACGAAGCAAUGUGGAGUGAGUACAUUUCAAAUGAUUUUUCAUGAAAAAAUGUAAACCAGACUUUCAUAGGAAUGCUGAGAAACACAACUCUUAUUUCGUGACAUACCUAUGAAUAUGGAAAUACAUGAGCUGCACGUUUUGCCUGAGGGUGAGCUGUUGCUCAUGUACCGGAGAGAGUGUGAAAUGCUGCAGCAGUGCACGGGUAAGUUAGACAGAUAUACAAGUGCACAAAAACAGGACUAAAUCUGUUUGGAAGUCCGCAAGAAAACUAAUAUCCGAAUGUGAAAGAGGAGCAGAGACACCGCGUUCUGCGUUCACACAGGGUCAUCGAACGCGGCAAUGCAAACAGAAAAGAUCAGCAGAAAGCAACGAGAAAUGUUAAUUCAUAUCAAUUCCUGGCUGAUGGACAGAAGCACGCGUAGUCUUGAUGAGCUGAGAGCCCAGUUUCUAUCCCAGGGGGAUUCCUAUGGGGUUGUGAACAUUUCCGUGUAAUCACAGGGACAGAUCAACUUUUCUUCACCAUUCUGUUCUAAAGGGUUAAGCUGAGCUGUGGAUGUGAUGUAUUUCGAUCAGUGUGUAUUUUUGAAGACACCAGCUUGUAGGUGAGCAGGUCAGUCCUGUGCGCAAGCUCCUGUGAAAAACUGGCGAAGGAAUCGGCGGAGCACGGAGCCCGGAUCUGCCGUUGCAAGGGGGGCUGGAGAUGGGAGCAGCCGGAGCCCUGGAAAUCUUGCCCGGGUUUUGUGUGGAAGCUGCAGCCAGAAGGGACGGCUAACUGCGGGCACGAGGUAUGAAACGGCCGCUGAGUCCUGAGCAGAUAACUGAAGAUGUUACGAUGAAAUCAGUCGAAUUUUGCGCUUACACUGGUGGGAAGAUAUUAAGUAAUGACUACUUGGACUAUCAGUUGAACAUAACGAAAAGAAAAAUAGGACUAGCGUUGUGUGAAGUGUGUAAUAUUCAGCUGAAUUCUGCAGAACAAGCUGAGGUUCACUAUAAUGGGAGGUCUCACUUGAAAAGGAUGAAACAAGCCAAUAGUCACAUUCCCAUUAAUUCAGCAACUGGUACCAUUGUUACAAGCACCAGUACAGGAAGUACAUGCCAUGCCAGCACACUUCCUGCUUUUGUGCGGGCACCUACCCUGAUGAUGCAGCCUUCGCUUGAUAUUAAAUCAUUUAUGCCCUUUCCAAUGGAUACUGGCUCAGCUGUUGGACUCUUCCCGAAUUUUAACACAAUGGAUCCUGUGCAGAAAGCAGUCAUCAAUCACACAUUUGGAGUUUCAGCUCCUCCUAAAAAGAAGCAAAUUAUUUCAUGCAAUGUCUGCCAGCUCCGAUUUAAUUCAGAGAGCCAAGCCGAGGCACACUACAAAGGCAGUAAACAUGCCAAGAAGCUCAAAGCACUGGAGGCCACGAAAAAUAAGCAGAAAACUGCUCCUAUCAACGACAGCACAAAGGCUAUCACGUCCUCCACCACAACCACUGCAAUCACUCCCAACAGCUCUGAAAAAACAGAUGCAGUCAGGCUGGAAUUCAACAGUGUAACUGUGAAUAACGUAUUGAUACAUACGAAUGUAGGUACUGAGCUGCCCAAACCCACUUCGCUUAUUGGAGGGACUGGAAAUCUGAAUGCACAUUCAACAAAAACAGUGAUAUCGAUGGAAGCAGUAAAUGUUGAAGGCGCUGCAACCACAUCCACUGAGUCAGAGGAAGAAAAAGCAAAAAAACUUCUCUACUGUUCUCUAUGCAAAGUAGCUGUGAAUUCAUUGUCACAGCUGGAAGCACACAACACAGGUUCCAAGCACAAAACAAUGGUUGAAGCUCGAAUUGGUGCUGGUCCUAUUAAAUCGUAUCCCAGACCAGGAUCAAAAGCUAAACUUCAAAAUGGUACAAAGGGUUCAGGAUUGCAAAACAAGACGUUUCAUUGCGAAAUCUGUGACGUUCAUGUCAACUCAGAAAUCCAACUCAAACAGCAUAUUUCCAGCAGGAGGCACAAGGACAGAGUAGCAGGAAAGCCACUGAAACCUAAAUAUAGUCCCUAUAACAAACUGCAACGCAACUCAAGUAUUUUGGCAGCAAAGAUAGCAUUUCAAAAGGAUUUAAUAAAACCAUUGGCACCUGGUUUUCUAUCAAAUCCUUUUGCUGCUGCAGCUAUGACCUCUCCACUGCCUCUCCACCCACGUCCAGCUACCUCGCUGUUCCAGACCACUGCAUUAACUCCUGCCCUUUUGAGGCCUGCACCUGGACCCAUUCGUGCAUCACCUGGCUCAAUUCUCUUUGCACCUUAUUGAUUCCUUCCUUUCAUGGGACAACAUGAGGCCAGUAGAGACAGGAAAGCAGGCGACAUUUUUUUCUUUGUUUGUCCAUGCUGUGAGGUGAACAGACUGAUACCUGGUCAUAGGAUCUUCCAUGGACAGUUGGAUCUCAGUGCUGGAAUUAUGAGAUUUUUAAUUAAUUUACAAACACCAGGUUGUGAUUUACAAGGGAACUUUUAUAGGGAUUUUGCCCUUAAAAUAUAUAGUUAUUUUUAUUGGGAGUGAGUCUGUCCACUGAUGGAAUCCAUCGACAGAUCAAGAGCAAAUAAUUAAUUCCUGUUGCUGCAGACUUGAAAUCGAGAGUCUUCCUAAUUAACAGAGGUAUACAACAUGUUUGUUGAUGUAAAUGGACAUCUCCUGGUACAUAAUGUAAUGCAUUAUGUAGUAAAUUGUGAAUAACAUAUGAACAACUGAUUCUGUAUUUAAAACAAUGUUGUGCAGUCAGGGAUUGUGAAAUGCUGUUACAGACCUGAGUGCAAUACUGUUGUAACUUGUGUAGUGAUAGAAUUGUUUCAGGUCUAAUUUAAAAUUCUAAUAGUAAUUUAUGUUUAAUUGCAGUGUAGGUGCUUGCAGACAUUUACAAAACAUUCUGUGAACAUUUUCUGUUACUUAUUUUUUCAACAGAGUAAAGUACCCAGUAAGUUCAUAAAAUGCAGAUAGUACUGGCUUAUGAUCCAUGAUUCAUGCAUUGAUGUUUUCAUUUUUGCUCUGUGCUAAACCUGUUUUAAUUUUUUGGUAGCAUUUUGCCAGUUUUGCUGCUAAAUAAUGUGAAAGAUGCAUUUGAAGUAUCAGCUCAGUGUGUUGCACAAUUUAUGAUGAUCCUCUUGCAGAACUUUUUAAAGAAAUAUUUAGGUCUUUUUAUUUUACACAUCCUAUGAUUUCUUCAAUUAUCAUGUUUAGCAAUCAUGCUGCUACAUUAAUUUGUAGCAAUAAUGCAAUAAUGUACAGAAAAUAAAUAAUUUUAGAGAAUAUAUAAUUUUAGGCUUUACUGAACGUGUUGCAAUACCAUUUGCCUUGAAAAUAAAGGCUAACGAGAUAUGCAGUGCAUAAAACAAAAACUUGGUGUUUGUAUUUUUCAGUACCCAGUAUACAUUAUAGCAAUUAACUCUGGGUAAUCCCCAUCAAGUACACCUUAUGAAAUGUCCAGUGUUUAAUA